AUGUCGACCUCAAAUCACCCAUCAGCCGAGGCGCUCAGGUCGCCUCGCCUUCGCGGGCAGUCGCCCCGCUUCGUCUCCUUGGUGGUCCACGCCUCGGAGGCAGAUGUCCAGGUGCCUUCUGAGGGGCCAGAGGGCUGCAGGCCUGCUUCUCGUCGGGAGUUGAUCGAUGUCACCGCUGGGGUGGCCACCCGCAUACCGUACAUCGCAGCAGCCCUGGCAGAUGAGUGGAGACAGAGCAAGUCAGAUGUUCUUGGCGACCAUAUUCCCAAAGUGCAGGUGGUGUACCGACCCAUCGUAUCCGCCACAGCCAAUCGCCCUGCAGCCUUCAGUCGCCCAGUCAUUGGCAAGGCAUCUCAGCAGCGUCCUGCCUACAGUCUCCCGAGAAGCUUUGUGCCUAUCCUCAGAAAGACGUCCACUCCGGCCAAGGAUUCUCAGGUUGUGAACGAGCCCGAGCUGAAGGAGGGAGAGGAUCCCGUCGAUGAGUUUCAGGAUCCUGAAGACGUGGAAGAUCCAGUGUUGGAUGAGUUUGAGAAUGUAGAGCCGAACGUGGAAGACCUUGAUGCUGAUGCUUUGGAGGACGCCGCACAGGAGUUGAGCGAAGACGCAGACGUGGAGGGCGAUGUGACAGUCGAGGAGACAUCGCCUGCACGUGAAGACGACCUAGACGUGGAGGAUGUGGCAGAGGACAUGCGCGAAGCCGUUCAAGGCAGCAUGCAGCUUCGGCGCAUGCUCUCAGGCACGGAGCAGACAGACGAGCCCGCUGCGAAGAGGCACAAGGGAGAGGCAGCCGUGGAAUUGGAUCCCGAGAAGGCACAGCUCCUUUCUCGCUGGGGGUUGUCAGCCGAACGGGCGGUGCGCUACGUGAUGCAGGCAGCGGCAAUUGAGGAGAUUCGAAAAGUGGUCGCCGCAGGUUGGAGGCCUCAAGCUUGGGCACCUCGUGCAGAUGGAACCCACAAAACUGCGGCUGAGCAGCUGAAUGAGACCAUCUUAAAGUUCCGGGAGGAUGCCUUUGGCCCGUCUGGUGGACACCAAAUUGAUGUGGUCUCUGCGUUUGCGCGGAGGUGGGACCUGCCAGCUGCAGAUAUCGCGGUGCUCCGGAAGCUGUCGCACAAGGACCUGCGGCAUGUCAUGAAGGAGUUUGAUGGCACCUCCUCCGUGUCGCAGCUCUCAGAGGAAGCCUCCUUGCUGGUACCCGCCGAGGACGUGGAGCGGACCGAGGAGGCGGCCGCCGAGAAGCCCGGACCGCUGACCUGCAGCAGGUUUAACCGACUGGAACUCAUCAACCCCGUUGAUGACGCUCUUGUGGUAGGUGACGCCAACCUGACGUUCUCUCAGUUGCUUGCGAAGCAUCGUGAGGCUUUGGGUCACGUCGGCCGCAUCGUUGCCACCACAUUCGAGACGAUCGAAGUCUUGCGUGAACGCUAUCCCGAGAUUGAGAGCACUGUCAAGGAGCUUGAGGACAGGCAUGCAGAAGUCCUGCACAAUGUGGAUGGCACCCGGCUUGCUGUCGAUCCGCGUUUCCAGGGAAUGGAGAACAGCUUUGGGGCAGUCUACUACAACUUUCCACAUGCCGGAGUGGUGCAAGGCUUUUUCGAUGGCCACCCUUUUGUGAGAUGGCGACAUGAGAACUUGAUGCACCUCUUCUUCCGGGCCUUGCGAGGUUUCGUGAAGCCCGGUGGCGUGGUGAAAGUUGCCUCCAACUCCAAUGCCACAGGAGUUCGGUUUUCCGAUAUCCUGAGCGGAGCACAAAACAGUGAGUUCCUUCACGUCGAGACGAUGCCAUUUCUCGAGUGGAGCCUGAGGUACUACCAUCGGUCUUAUGGGGAUCGGCGAGAUUCCAACAGACGUCCAGAUGAGAAGGAAAACUACCGAUGCCAGUCCAAGGGCUCCGACAUGGUCUACACAUUCCGAUACGAACCAAGUGGCAGUGUUCCACCCAAGGCAUUGAUAAGGCGCCCGCCAACGAAGGACGAUCUGUUCCUCUCGAAAGAGGGCAAAAUGCCAAUGAGUGCCGAGCAAAAGCGGCAGAGAUUGGAGGAGAUCUAUGAGCUUUUCCUCUCGUAUGUCCAGGGUAUCCACGUUGGGUGA